AGGUAUCAACAGUGUAGUAGAUCGAGAGAGAAUCCUGACGGGCCGAGGUUCCUUUGGAUUCUGUGAACCUAUGCUUGUUGCUAUCCUUCCACACUUGAACCCUACUCCCCUUAGGGCUUUUCUUUCUCAUUGGCUGGCAUUUCCCCAUCCCUUUAGAGAAUAAUAAGGCCAUGGGAGCAAGCUAAUAAGUUCCUAAGAAGCCCAUAUCUCCUUCCUGUCUGCCUUGAAAACCCGGCAUAAUUUCACUUAAAAACGACCAAUAGUACCACCACCCUCACACACACAAAAAAAGAAGAGACUCUCUUGCUUGUUAUCACAAAGCAAACUCAUUUCUCUGAGCUUUUGCUGGAUUUUAGGUGCCUUUGUGCAGCCUUUAUUCUGAUUUUGUUUCUCUUUUUCUGUUUCCAUUACCACCAACUCGGUGCUGUUAAAGCCACCUACUUAGCAUCAUUUCUGGUCCUUGGACAAGCCACCUUCUUUCCAACUCAAACCACCAGUCCUCUCUCUCUUUCUCUCUUCUGGGCCCAAGAGAUUCUGAAGCAGAGCGCAACUGUGUGGAGCUCCUGUCUUCUUCUUCUUCUUCUUCUUCUUCUUCUGGCACAAGAACAUAUCUGAGAUAGCUCCCAUUCAUUAAAGAAACCAUCUUGGGUCUGCUUCUCUGGCUUUCUUGCUGGUAUACCUGUCCCGAGUUAAACCAAAAGCUUGAGAGCUCGGCGUUUGGGUUUCCUUCUGUUUUGCUCUGUCGUUUGAAGCCAAAUCGAUAGUUCAUUCUCUUCUCCAACUUCUCUUCCGAACCUCGUCGACAGGAUGAUCUCAGCUGCCGAUCUCUACCACGUCCUCACGGCGGUAGUCCCGCUCUACGUCGCCAUGAUCCUGGCCUAUGGCUCCGUCAAAUGGUGGAGGAUAUUCAGCCCCGACCAGUGCUCCGGCAUCAACCGCUUCGUCGCGCUCUUCGCCGUCCCCCUCCUCUCAUUCCACUUCAUCUCCACCAACAACCCAUACGCCAUGAACUACCGCUUCAUCGCUGCCGACUCCCUCCAGAAGCUCAUCGUCCUCACGGUCUUGGCCAUUUGGGCCAAAGCCAGCUCCAGAGGCUGCUUGGAGUGGACUAUAACACUCUUCUCGCUUGCCACGCUUCCAAACACCCUGGUGAUGGGCAUUCCCUUGUUGAAGGGAAUGUAUGGCUCGGAUUCGGGGAGCCUCAUGGUCCAAAUCGUUGUCCUCCAAUGCAUAAUUUGGUAUACAUUGAUGCUCUUCUUGUUUGAGUACAGGGGAGCUAAGCUUCUGAUCACCGAGCAGUUCCCCGACACGGCCGGCUCGAUAAUUUCCUUCCGGGUGGACUCCGACAUCAUCUCCCUCGACGGCAAGGAGCCGCUGCAGACCGAGGCCGAGGUUGGGGAGGAUGGCAAGCUCCACGUCACGGUGAGGAAGUCGACGAGCUCGCGCUCGGAGAUAUACUCCCGGCGAUCCCACGGGCUGAAUUCCGGCGUCUCCAUCACUCCCCGCCCGUCCAAUUUAUCCAAUGCCGAGAUAUAUUCCCUUCAGUCGUCGAGAAACCCGACGCCGAGGGGGUCUAGUUUCAAUCACACCGAUUUCUAUUCGAUGGUGAACGGGAGGAACGCUAGUGGUGUGAGCCCUAGGCAUUCUAACUUCGGGAAUGCGGGCUUCGACGAGGAGAGCGGUGGGGCGGCGGCGGCGGCGGUGGCGGCGGGAUUUCCGAAGGCGAAUGGGGUGGCGGGCGGCUAUCCGGCGCCGCCGGGCACCGGGAUAUUCUCUCCCGUGGGGCCGAAGAAGAAGGUGGCUGGGGGUGAGGGGGGGAAGGACUUGCACAUGUUUGUCUGGAGCUCGAGCGCAUCGCCGGUGUCGGAGGGAGGGAUUCACGUGUUUAGAGGGGGGGAAUUUGGAAAUGAGCAUGGGGGAGCAGCUCACCCGACCGAUCACCACCCAAAAGAUGCCUAUGAUGUAUACGGUCGCGAUGACUUCAGCUUCCAGAACAGAGCUGGUACUCAGGGAAUGGACUCUCUGCAGAAGGAUGGGCCUAGUCUCUCGAAGCUCGGUUCCAAUUCCACAGCUGAACUCCACCCAAAAUCUGGGGCUGAUGAGGAAGUCAAGCCGACUUCAAUGCCUCCUGCCAGUGUGAUGACCAGGCUUAUUUUGAUCAUGGUCUGGCGAAAGCUGAUUAGAAAUCCAAACACCUACUCCAGCCUGAUUGGUGUCAUCUGGUCUCUAGUUUCUUUCAGGUGGAAUAUUGAAAUGCCGGCAAUUAUCGCUCACUCAAUCUCCAUUCUAUCCGAUGCAGGGCUUGGAAUGGCCAUGUUCAGUCUUGGUUUAUUUAUGGCAUUGCAACCAAGGAUUAUUGCCUGUGGCAAUUCAGUUGCUGCAUUUGCAAUGGCUGUCAGAUUUGUUACAGGACCUGCUGUCAUGGCUGCGGCCUCAAUUGCUGUUGGACUUAGAGGCGUUCUCUUACAUAUCGGCAUCGUGCAGGCUGCUCUUCCUCAAGGAAUUGUUCCAUUUGUUUUUGCCAAGGAGUACAACGUGCAUCCUGAUAUUCUUAGCACAGGGGUUAUCUUUGGAAUGCUGAUUGCGCUCCCCAUCACGCUGGUUUACUACAUAUUGCUGGGACUCUAAAGCUCGAUGGACCUUUUGUAUUCAUCAACAGAGCCAAAGUCAGAAGGUUUCUGUAAAGAUUUUUGACUUAUCUGGUAGUUUUGUAUUCCCUAGUCUGACUGAGAUAGCCGAGGUUUUGUUAGCUAUGUAUUUGGCAAAAAAGAAGUCUCAAUUUAGGGACUAGUGGCUUAGAUAGUUUAAAUGAUCAGGCUUCAUGUAACUCUUUUAUUUUAUUUGAAGACUUUUGCAGCUGGUGUAAAAGGUCAUAUUAGUAACUUGAUCUUUGUUUCGGUCCAACAUGGAUUUCAUUCUGGCAUUUUCAGUGCCCGAAGUUGGUGGAAGUUUUAGUUA